AACACUCUUCCUCUUGCAGAACUCUCCCAGCGUUCUCUUCUCAUAAUUCUCUUCAGAACUCAUUUAUUACAAAAAUUUAGAGAGUUUUCCCUCUAUAUAUCCAUUAUCCAACCUCAAUUCAUAUUCUUCUUUUGAGUCUCGAUCACCACCUUCCCAGCAAGUGUGCUUGGCGGCGUAACGGCGUUGGCAUUUGGGGAACCUCAACGGUCUACUUGGAAUCUCCAAAAUGUGAAAAUGUGAGUUGCUCCAUCAUCACUCUCUAGGAUUUUAAUCAGAGCCUUCUUCGUAAGGAUUCAUUUUCACGAUAACCAAACAGAAUUUCUGAAAGGAAAAAAAAAUGUCGGGAAACGACACAGAGCUUGUGCAGAUAUUGCCCUUGUCGGCCGAGAAAAAAGAAGAGGGAGAGGAAGAUGGGAGUCCGAUAAGAUCCAUAUUUUGCCUCAAGAGCAAGAGCGACGCAGACAUCAAACGCAUAGAAGAAAUCGAGGAUUGCUUCAUUUUGGAUUUCGACCCCUACGAGUCCAUCGACUUCUCCAAGUUCACAGUUCCUGCUGCUUCUGAUGCUGAUGGUGCUACUGAUCUCUUUGUUAUUGCUGAAAAAGGCCAGGUGGCUUGUAGAGAUUAUCCACAUUCAAGGCAUCUCUGUCUGAAUUUCCCCUUUGUGACAACACCUCAUGAGAACUACUGCAACCUGGUAAUGGGAUUUAAUUGUUACUGUUACGUUUGUGAUUCAGCAGCUCCAUGCGAGUAUUGGACGGAGCCUAAACCAGCACAUUGUGAUGCUUCGGAGCAUGUUGGAGAUUGGAUGAUCCAGAGGAAUUUGAGGAAACGCAAAGAUGGGUUUUGCAAAUGAACAAGUUAAUUCUCCCUGCUAAUUAUAUUGCAGUUAAGGCUCCAUUUGUUAAUGCAUUUUUGGGCUAUUUUUAGUGACAUUUUGAAGUAUGAAAGCAUCAUAAAGGAGGGAUGAUGUGGUCGCGAUGGAGGCAAGAAUAGCUGUUAAGUGUGAAUGAAGCAAUGGUAGAGAAGGAAAUUGCAGAGUAUAAGAUAAUUUAGCUAGUGACAUUUUGUGCUGUAUACAAUAUGUUAAGUUUGGUGUUAGCAAAAUUCUGUAUCUAAACAAAUUAGUGUAAGUUUAGGUUUUGAUAGACUAAGUUGACACUUAAAUCUGGAAUUCAAAAUCUUGGACAAAGUCGAAGAAUUGAAUGGCUCAGCCAAUAUUUCGGUUGAUAGGCACUUUGGCUAGAAUAAAGGUCGAACAACAUCU